AUGCCCAACACCCACCGCCACGCCCUUCAAAUCGUCCCCCGGCCCCAGGAAGAUAUUGAUGAAAUCUUCGAAGCUAUAGAAACCAAUAACUUCGACAGUUCCAUCUUCGGGGAAGCAGGUGCGGUAUACCACGACAAACUAACACGGCGACUCAUGCCUACGACACCAAUGUUCCAACAUUACAACAUCAUUCCUGAGGUGCCAUACCCAAGGACUGUAGCUGCUCCGAACGAUAGACUGCAAACGCCUGAUACACCGACACCGAAGCCCAAGCCUAAGCGUAAGCCUAGGAAGAGGAAGCGGGAUCAGACGCCACAGGAUAUGGUUGGGCAGGAGGUGGAUGGAAUUAAGCAGGAGCCGGUGGAGAAGAAGCUGAAGGGUGUGAAGGUCGAAGAUACCACGUAG